UAUAAAAAGGUAUUGAUAUAAAUGGUUUGUUCAUUAAUUCAACUGUUUUAACGAGUGAACGCGUUUGACCUAUUUGCAUAUUUUCAUUUAUUUUCGUGUCUAUGUUGGACAAAGGACUGCAUUAUAUUGACAUCUUAAUAAGCUUGCAUAUCAACCUUUUGGUUAUUCAAAAUAUGUUAUACAAAAGGUGAUUUAGAAAUUUCUAUUUUUUCUUUUUUCAGUGUUAGUGUUAUUUUCUGGAUAAAUCGUGGUUAAACGAGGUUAUGUGAAAUGUAUGCGUUUAAACAAAACCAGGUCUUGAGCCUGCUUAGAUUGUGGGUGUACACAACGAUUGCCUUUCCAAAGGUAGCGUCUUAUAUUUGUGACCCGGACAGUUCAGAAUGUGAAACUACAUUAGUUGUGGAGAAUUAUCUAACAAUGAUUCACGAACGGUUUUCUGCAGUGUUUGUUUCUAAUAGACACAUUUAUCAGUAUAACGUGAAAAAUACAACAAUGGCGAAACCCAUACCAAAUCAAGAUGUUAUAACAGCUGAUGGUUGGGAGACGCCGCGAAUGGUUACAGUUGUCAAUCGAUCGCUGCCAGCACCUGAUAUAAUUGUUUACGAAGGACAAUCUGUUAAAGUCCACGUCAUAAAUAAAAUGCAUUCGGAUUCAGUGACGAUACAUUGGCAUGGCCUUCACCAGCAUAACACACCUUACAUGGAUGGUGUACCGUUUAUCACUCAGUGUCCUAUCUUACCAGGCCAAAAAUUUACAUACAAAUUCCAGGCUUAUCCAAGGGGUAGUUUCUGGUAUCAUUCGCAUUCGGGUUCUCAGCGAUCAAAUGGACUGGCUGGAGCUUUUAUUGUUAGAAAGAGAGAACGUAAUCCUAUUCAAGAACAUAUAAUGCAGGUGAUGGAGUGGAACCAUGAUCAUGAUUCUCUGAAACAAACGUUGCUUCAUGAACACAGAGUGGUUGAAAAUAGAUCUCCUAUAUCCUCAUCUAGUUCUCACGACGGAAUGAUUUUCAGUAAUAUGGUUUUUCAUUCUGCUUUAAUUAAUGGUAAAGGGCGUUUUUAUUAUGACCAAUCAACAAAACACCAUAAUGGUGCGCCCUUAGAAAUCUUUAAUGUGAGAAGGGGCUUUACCUAUCGAUUCCGAGUACUCGCGACCGGAGCAAACUUUCCAUUCCGGAUAUCUGUUGACGGCCAUGUUUUGACUGUAAUAGAAUCAGAUGGAUACUCCAUUCAACCGAUUAUUGUGGAAUCAUUCGUUAUCAAUCCCGGCGAACGGUUCGAUUUUCAACUAGAAACUAUACGUCCUGUGGGUAACUACUGGAUCCGUGCAAAAACAUUGGAGAACAAACGUCACUCUGAAGCAGAGGCGAUAUUGAGAUAUGAUGGUGCUGAUGAUAUUGAACCAACCACGCAACGAGGUGUCUGUACCGAAUAUGAUCCAUGUCGUGUAUUAAAUUGUCCGUUUUCUGCAUUUGGAUUUAUGACAGGAAUAGAGUGUAUUCCGUUUGAUCACUUAAAAUCAGACCGAGAAUACGACCCUGCACCUCCAUAUGUUCCUGGAAGGUUUCAAGAACAUUUUUUGAAUUUUGGAUUCCCUGGUAAACACCCAUCUGUAAACGGAAAUGUUUUUAAAAUGCCUGGUGUGACAGCAUUAACACAAGCACAUAAAAUUGAUAACCAAUGUUCGAGCAUGUGUGAGCAAGAUAACGAAUGUAAAUGCACAUUUUCUCUACAAAUUAAACACGGCAAUACUGUGCAGCUGGUUCUCUCAAACCUUGGUUUGGGAGCUGGUUGGUUUCAUCCUAUUCAUAUGCAUGGGCAUUCAUUUCACGUCAUCAAAAUGGGAUACGCUACAUUUGACGAAAAGUAUGGUUUUCUCGAGGAACAAAAUAGUGAUAUCGAUUGCAGUGGAGGGGAAAAACGAAGCAAUGACUACAGCUUCUGUAAAAACGCCACCUGGCGGAACCAAUCUUGGUUAAAUGGUAACAUACCAGGGCAAGAACUAAGGUACCCUCCUCGUAAAGAUACAAUAAUUGUUCCAGACGGUGGUUAUGCUGUUAUACGAUUCAAGGCUAAUAAUCCAGGAAUCUGGAUUAUUCAUUGUCAUAUCGAGAUACAUUCGCUACAAGGAAUGGCUUUAUUAUUAAACGAGUCAUUCCCGUAUAUACCCAGAACACCAAAGAACUUUCCAAAGUGUUCAGAGUUUGAUGCUACUGAUGUAUAUUUACAUUGAUAUUAGUUAUUUUUUAUUUAAGUUACUUUGUGUAAUAUUGUUAUUGUGACAAUUGAUUAAGAAAAA